AUAUAUUAUAAACACAGAGCGUGCGUGCUUACUAUAUAUAUUAAUUCAAUAACUUUCAGAUAAAAUGUUUUCUAUGAGAACAUUAGCUUCAUAUUUUCACAAAACCUUCAUUCAAAAUGUUAUAAGAAAAAACCAGCUACUAGAACGUUGUAGGUUUUAUUCUACCGCAACAGAAGAAUUGUCAGAUGAAAUAGUUCAGAAAAUAUGUGGGGAAGAUCAGGAACUAGAAAAAAAAUUAAGAAUUUUAAUGUUAGAAGUAGAAGUGAUGCGACAAGAUGGUCGCUUAGCACCGGACAAUUUAAAAUUAGACCAGUGGCAGUACUUAUUGGAAUUACAAAGUAAAAAUCAAAGAUCCUCAUACUUAACAUUUCUAUGGAAGAACGAGAAAAGAAAAGAAAAUGAGCAGGCAAAAAAGGAAGCCAAGCGCAGAGAGUAUGAAAUGUCACCACCUGAAGUAUCCAAAGAAUAUGAAGAUGAUCUUCUAUAUGGUAUUCAAUACCAGUCCCUAUUCUUGAGGAUUCGCGACGCAUCUAUCAAUAAUUUUGAUAAUUAUAGAGCUCUACAAGCUUUGGUUUAUGGACAAAAAACAGUAAUAGACUGCUCUUAUGAGGAGCACAUGGUUUCAAGAGAAAUAAUAAAUGCAGCAAAGCAAAUGACAUUUGUUUUUGGUGAUAACAGAAUUCAUAAAGAACCAUUGAAUUUGCAUUUAUGUAAUGUUAAUUUUGAUGGUCUGUUUAUGAAACAACUCCGUAAGAAUAUUCCAAAUAUUGAUGAACCAUGGUUUCCACUAAAUAUUCAUUCACAAAGCUACUUAGAUUUGUUCCCAAAGGAAAAGCUAGUAUACCUUACACCACAUUGCCGAGAAGAGCUAACAAGCUUUGACCAUGAUGCAAUAUACAUUGUGGGUUGUAUGGUUGACAAGAAUAACAAUGAACCAUUAUCACUAGCUAAAGCCAAAAGGGAUGGUUUGCGAAUGGCGAAGUUGCCUCUAGACAGAUACUUGGAAUGGGCUCCUGGUUCAAAGAAGAACCUUAAUAUAAAUCAUAUGAUUCCUAUUCUUCUGGAUUUAAGAACUACUGGUGACUGGGAGUACUCGCUACGCCACAUUCCAAGACGAAAGUUAAUGGAAACUAAAAUUAUGGCCAUGCAAAAUAGACUAAGCAAGGGCAAGAUAACUAAAGAUGAGCUGGUCAGAAACUUAAAUGCGUUUGGUAAAGGUCGAGCCUUGACAAUUAAUGACCAAAGAAGAAAUUCAAGAAAGUCUUUGUAUGAUGAUGAUAAUUUAUAAAGAAAAUUAAAUAAAAGGUCUUUAUUUCAUGCCAAAGACAUACAUACAUCUUAAAACUAUGUUUACGAUUAAUUAAUCUAAUAAAAAAUAAUCUAUAAUUU